GUGAAUGGAUUUUCCACAAAGCUACUGGAUCAUAGAAAUAAUCAUUAUGGGGAAAUAUUAAGGAAAUCACUUUGCUAUCUGUACUAGAUUUUUGGCAGUCAAGAGGAUUUUAGACUCAGAAUCAUCAUGGUACCAUGGUGGCCCAACUGCUAAGGCUGUGCUCUUUUUUUCUGCUUGCCAGCAUGCUCACCGUGACACAUGCGGUGCAGCUAAAUCACACAGGGGAGGUGGUCUACAAGGACACAAGUGUUUUUGGAAUCUUGGGCAAAGCAGUGAUCCUGGAAUGUGGAUCCACGCCACCUGACAUGUACAUCUGGAGUUUCACCGAGCCUGGUACUGACACCAUAAAAGCUGUAGUGUAUGAUUUGGGGAAAGGGCCAAGGAUCCAGACACUCGCCAAGACUCUGGGAGAGCUGGCAGUUAUCUCCAACAGUGGUGCUGUGAGCAUAGACAAACUUCCCCUGGCUGCACAGGGCCUCUACACCUGUCAGGCCCUCUAUGACAUCGAGCAGGAGGCCAAAGUCUGCUAUUAUUAUGUGUACCUCACUGUCCGAGUUCCAGUCAGCAAGCCUUACCUCCAACUGAGUGAUGUAUCACCAGUGGAAGGAUCCACAAUGUGGAUGCGAUGCAAACUGGACAAUGGGACUGGACCGAUCCAAUAUGUGUGGCAGCAUGAAACCCGCAGUGGGAACAUUUCCAACUUUGCACAGGGCAACACCAGCCUGGUUAACGUGACAGGCAUCAACCGCAACCACACUGGCUGGUACCGCUGUCUGGCCACCAACGCCAUCAACAGUGAGCACUCUGACCGUAUAUGGCUCGACAUUAUCUUUGGCCCAGAUAUUCCUCAAAUCGAUGUAACUCCAUUUACGGUGACAGAGCGAGGCUACUCCGCGCUGGAGAGAGAGACUGUGUCUCUAUUGUGUCAAGCCCAGUCCAACCCGGCCAGUCAGUACGUCUGGUUCUACAACAACUCACAGGUCUACAGUGGACCACAGUUCACUAUCACCAGGAUCCUGCGCAUGCACACCGGCGACUACGCGUGUUUGGCACAGAACACCUACCUGAACACCCGCUCCAAAAAAACCAUCAGCCUGACUGUCUACUACCCACCGGACGGGUCCCCCUCCUGCUCUCUUGAGCCAACUCUGAAUCACACCUCUCUGAAACUGCUGUGCUCCUGGCCAGGUGGAUUCCCCUCCCCUUCCCUCUACUGGACUGGAGACACCCUAAAAUAUGCAGGGCAAGCUCAGACCGGACCUGGACAGCAAACAGUGAUGCUGAACAACACUGCCAUCUUGUUACAGUCUGAAGCCCAAACAUCAAACAACGCUGUGUUCACAUGCACAGGCUCUCAUCUCGCUCUUGAGCAUCCAGUCGAAUGCAGCACACGUGCAUAUCUUCCUCCUGCUGAGCCUGUGUGUUUUGCCUAUGUGACAAAUAAACUUCAGUACCUGAUGCUGUCCUGUUCUUGGGAUGGAGGUACCCCAAAGUCUAUGCUGUGGUGGGAGGGACCAGGCGGCCAAGGCCGAGUCGAGGAAGAGAACUCUAACAUCCUGGUGCUCCGCUACGGCACAGCGUACAGUGGGGAGCCCUAUACCUGCUAUGCCAAACAUCCACUUCUGGCCCAAACCAAGACCUGCAGACUCACACUGGAAGCACCCGUGCUGAUGACACAGCGCAGAGUUGUGUCUGUCUACGAGGGAACUGACGUCCAGCUCUCCUGCAACCUGAGAGAGAACUACCUUCCUGUCAAUGAAAUCACCUGGUUUAACAAUCACAGGAAGGAAGUGUGGGACACUAACAAGUACACUUUGCAGCGAGCAGCGGCAUGGACCAAUCUGACUGUGCGAGAUGCAGAUGAGAUGCAAGACAGUGGUGAAUACUGGUGCUCUGCUUCCAAUGCAGUUGGUGGAACAGAAAUCAGUGUUGUAUUGUUGGUCAAAAGGUAUCCCAUGCCACCAAAUGUGACCUUAGUCAAGGUGACGUACAACAGCCAACACCGGAAUGAGGUGGACUUGGAGUGGCAAAUAGAGAGUGAGCAAGCCAGUAGAGGAUGGACACAUUUCAUCUUGGAGCACAAAUGGGUGAGCGAGCAACCCACAAGGGGAAGCAGCAAUGCUUCAAAGGAAGAGAAGGAGGAUACGAUCACUCUGCCUGUCUGGUACAGUAACAUCAUCCAGAAUCCAGAAGCCCGAAAUCACACAACAGGCAGGCUGACACCGACUGCGAACUACCAGUUCCGUAUCACAGCUGUCAACCAUCGUACCAUCGGCCACCCUUCGGCAGCAAAGAGUCCAGCCGAGCCACGCUUCAACGCGUACCCUGCUGUGAUUGGAGCAGCUAUAGGCGGGAUGCUGUUUGCAGCCCUCCUCACGGCGCUGCUGCUCAUGUUCAUCAUCCGCAACCGCAACAACAACCCUCGACUGCACGACAUGUUGUUUGGCAGGCAGCACAGCCAGUCCAGGGAAAACAUCAACUUUCCAGAAGAUGAAAUAGUCAGCAGGUCAGAGGGUGGACUAGAGGACAUCAGUGCAUCAGUCAGACCAGGUUCUGCUGUGGCUCUGCCCAGGGCAUCUUCACCUUUGAGUGCCACUCCCACCACAGGCCAAGCCCCUCCCACCGGAGAUGACGAGCCUGUCAACGUCACCAUCACUGUCAAGGCUACAGGCUCCUAGUCACAUGACAGCUUUCAUUUGUCAUUAAUAAAACACAAAAAAAAAUCAGCAGACUCA